AUGAUCGUCUACAAUUACACGAUAUAUAUCAAGUAUAUAGCUUUCGCUGUGAUCGCCAUAUCACUACCGUUCAUAGCGUUAAUUGUUUUGAAAUUUUUCCAAAAGUUCAGUGCCGGAAAAGUGCGAAGUUUGGUUUGCUUAAGUGGUAAAACGGCCAUUGUGACUGGAGCUAGUUCAGGAAUAGGAUACGAAACCGCCCUCCAACUCGCCUCAAGAGGCUGCCGAGUAAUUCUCGCCGACAGAAAAGAAGCUGCUAAAGCCAAGGCAAAGAUAAUAGCCAUUACGAACAAUUCCAAACAUCGAAACGAAAAUCCUCGAUUUAACUUCAUUGCAGUCAGUGAGGAAGUUUGCCAAGGAAAUAAACUCGACAGAGGAGAGAUUGGACAUUUUGAUAAAUAA